AUGUCCAUGGUCUCCUUGUACCUCGCCAGCCGCUCCGUGAUCGAGGCUCCUAUGUGCCAGCUCUCCGCAACACUCAGCAGGCACAUCAUCCGGGGCACCAAUCGGCCCAGUGCCCUCGCCGACUUCGUCGAGAAAACCUCGGAAACAUGCCUCGUGGAUCUCCCUCUCGGCAUGGGCCUGGCUUGUACGAGCAACGCUGAGUCCAAGGCGGCCCUGGCUGAGCUCCGAGCAUGGAAUUACAACCUUUCAAUGGCCAAGACGCUUGAUGAAUUGAACCGCACUUUGCUUGACGAGUGGCACAAAGCCGAGGGGGACAUCUGGCGUGCCGCACAUUGUGAUCAAUCCAACUGGCAAGUGCAGCCAGGGGAAGGAAAUCAUCAGUUGAUUUGUGGUUUCGAGGUAUGUAUAGACGAGGACCUACCACAAGGCCCAACCAGGUCCUUCAAUCACAUUUUAACUUUGGCCAUGCGUGAGAAGAUGGAAAAGAGCGGAGAGCUGGAGAGGAGCGUGAAGGAAUUGUUGCAGAAGUUGAUCGACAAGCCAGGGACCAAGCUGCUCGCACAGCUGUUCCCGUGGAAAGCAUUCAUUCGUCUGGUUCGCAGAUCCAUUGCUAUAGGUCAGAGCAGCGCGCCGAUACUGCUGAAAUCCUGGCGGUUGUUGCAGCCUCGCUUCCUGCUGGGGCUGGCAUUUCUGCUGGCAUCCGUACAACCACUUGCUGAGAUGGUGCAUGGAAAGCGCGGCCUUAGGCACCACAAGCUCCCGGUCGUUAUGCACGUUGGCAUCGACAUCAUCAUGCUCGAGAUCACUUCUAUUCUAGUGCUGACCUCAAGCUUUACCGACCAGCUUGGCAAUGCUAUGGCUUCCGGACUGGACCUGAUGCUCGCAACAAUAGUCCAGGCGGUUCGCAGUUUCGACCCAAAAAAAUUCGGUGGAAAGGGCAUCAAGGAUUUUGAAGGUGUUCUGAACAAUGCAGAGGCCGCAGAGGCCGAGAAGCUCCUCUACAAAGUCUACAACCUUGCCCUUGAUAUGCUCCAAGGCCUCACCAAGCCCAUGCUUGUGCAUACCCCGCUCUUCGUCGCUUUCGUCGCAGCGGCGCUGCUCUUUUACUCCCUCUCCACCAUCCUGUGCAAGGACAACAGCGUGUGCCGAAGCCGCCCGUGGGUGACUCGCUGGAACACCGCAGUAGGCGGUCCGCUUCAUCUCCUCGGUUGCUUGGAAGAGCCGGAGGUGCGGAAAAUGUGCCAACCACUACGACUCCAGCUGUUGCUGCGAGGUCUGCUGCUCAGCGCCAUUGUGGGUGUCUUCCUGGCACGUUCCGACUAUUUCGACGCGAUCCUGUCCAAUGCCCUGGUCUUCAACAUCGAGAUGGGCCGGCUGCCAUGGUUCCUCGCCUGGUUCGCCUUGUGGGCGCUGCACAUCUUCUCUGGGAUGCUGGCCAUCAACGGCAUCGAGGAGAACCAAUUGGUCCGGGAUCAGAAGCAAAAAAUCAAGGACAUGGAAGCCGCCUAUGGGGCCACAGCCCAGGCUAGGGAGCGCCCAGUUCCCAGAAAAGCUACCAGGCCUCUUUCCCAGCACUGCCGCACCUGCCAUGCCACCCGGUCUCCGGCAAGCGUCAGCUCGUCCACCGCCUCCCCCCCCUCGUCCCCGCAAUUCUCAGAGAGGCCACCUGAUAGUUGGCCGCGGUUAGCCUGUUCCAGGCCAUUGGUCGUGUCUGGGCAGAAGGAAAAGGCAUUGCAGGGCCAGGUGUGCCAGCACCUUUGUGUCGCAAUUCAAGAAGGGAAUCGCUCCGGCUGCCAGGCACGCCUCACCCACGGACUGCCUUCGCAGCAGUCCGCUCAGUAA